AAACGUGUGUUGGUGCAGUAAGCGACCGUUCCUCUCACAACAAACAUGGCGCUCAACCUUGUGGCAAAAGUUCACCCGGUGGUGUUUUUCACCAUUGUUGACUCUUACGAGAGAAGAAAUCCUGAUGCUCAUAGAGUAAUUGGUACACUUUUAGGUACCAUAGGUGUUGAUAAGGGAGCCAUUGAGAUAACCAACUGCUUCUGUGUUCCUCACAAUGAAUCUAAAGAAGAGGUAGCAGUAGAGCUGGACUUCGCUAAAGAUAUGUAUGAAUUACAUCGCAAAGUGAACCCCGGCGAAGUGAUCGUUGGAUGGUGGGCCACUGGCCACGAGAUCACUGACCAUUCCCUUCUGAUCCAUGAUUACUACUCAAGGGUCACCAACAACCCCAUUCAUCUUACUGUUGACACCACUCUGCAUGGAGGCCAGAUGAACAUUAAGGGGUACGUGAGUGCCAAUAUGGGGGUCCCUGGCCGCACUCCAGGCACCAUGUUUGCUCCUAUCCCAGUUGAGGUCAUCUCUUACUUGCCAGAAAUAGUUGGAACAAAUGUUGCACAAAAAAGUAAAUUUAACAGGCAACGUUUAGUGGAAUCUACUACUGACUUGCAUCAAAUUUCUGAAGCCACCCAAAACAUGGAAGCAACCCUUGAAGUUCUCAUUUCAUAUGUUGAUGACGUCCUGAGUGGAAAAGUACAAGCUGACAAUUACAUCGGUCGUGAGUUAACAAGGAUGGUAAACCAGGUUCCUAAGAUGUCUGCUCAUGACUUCGAGGAAAUGCUCAACACCAAUAUGAAGGAUCUCUUGAUGGUGAUCUACCUGUCUCAACUGACCAAGGUCAACGUGAGUCUCAAUGAGAAGUUAACGAUGCUGAUAGCCACACAGUAAUCUUUGCCAUCCAGCAUGUGAGGAAGAUCAUUCUCAUGCAGAAGAAAAAUAAUUGUUUAAAAUAUACUCUGACGUUCAGAAUUGUGAAGGAAAAUAAAGUCAGAUCCUCGUCA